AUGUCCUUUCCCCUCAAGGGCCGUACCGCCUUCAUCACCGGUGCCAGUCGUGGCAUUGGUCUCGAAAUCAGUAAAUCCCUCGCCCGUCUGGGCGCCUCUGUAGCCGUAGCGGCCAAGAGUGCUUCUCCGCAUCCCAAAUUGGCAGGAACUAUUCAUAGUGCCGUGGAGGAAAUUGAGCGAAUUGGAGAGGAGAGUGGGAGUGGAGCAAAAGGAUUGGCGAUUCAGCUUGAUGUUAGGGAUGAGAAGGCGGUGGAGGAAGCGAUUGAGCAGACUGUAGGACGGUUUGGGGGGUUGGAUUAUGCGGUUAACAACGCAUCAGCCAUCAGCAUGAAGCCUACCCUGGAAGCAACGCCCAAGCAGCUCGACCUAAUGCUGCAGAUCAACGCCCGCGGCACCUGGCUCGUUUCACGCUACGCCCUCCCACACCUCCUCAAGUCAGCCUCUUCCUCCUCCUCGCAAGGUCGCAGUCCACAUAUCCUCACCCUUGCUCCGCCUCUGAGCCACGAGACGUUCACCACGACGCUCACGGAGCGAGGGGGUUGCUGGCCUGAGCAAUUUGCACAGACUGCCAGCGCCUACACCCUCGCCAAGGGGGGCAUGGCUCUGGUUAACCUCGGCCUCUCCGCCGAGCUAGCGGGAAGUGGGGUAGGCGUAAACUCCCUCUGGCCCUACACCCUCAUUGGUACAUCUGCCAUGCGCAUCGUCUCCCGUGAUGCGGCAGUAGAGGAGAGAACUUGGCGCUCACCGGAAAUUGUGGCAGAGGCCGCAGUGCGGAUGCUGCAGGAAGAUGGGAAGAAGUUCAAUGGACGGAGUAUCAUUGAUGAGAUCUACCUACGGAGGGAGUGUGGCUUUAGUGAGGAGCAGAUGAGGAAAUACUCGUUGGGAGGCGAGCAGGUGAAGAUGGAAGAUUUGGCACUGGAUCUUUGGAUCUCCAAGUCCCUCCAGGAGGACGUCGCCAAGGCCAGAAAGGGUCAAUGA